CCUGUUUGUGGGGCUGGACUGAACCAGAUGGGAAAUAGUCUCUAUAAAAGGCUCAUGAGGAUCUACACGCAGCAGGUAGCAAUCGAAGAGCUAAGGCAGGGGUGAAAAGCCCCGCAAGUCAACAAGACGCUCUGGACAAGGAAAGGUGCAAGUACUCCACCUCCACCGUGGCAGCCAUGAAGCUCGUCUCUGGCGACAUUGCAAAACGACUGGAAGAGAUGGUGCUUCUGACAGCCCAGAACCUACCUCAGGUGGAGGUGGCUAGUAGUUACACCAUCCUCCGUGAACUGGGCAGUGGUUCAUAUGGGCAUGUACUAAUGGCAGUCCACCAACUCCAAGGAACUCCCAUGGCUUUGAAAUUUGUACACAAGAAGAAUACCGAAUUGCAAGAUUUUUUGAGCGAAUACUGCAUCGCACUGACUUUGGGGGCUCAUCCUUGCAUUGCCACAGCACUGGGAAUUGCCUUUCAAACCCCUAAACAUUACGUCUUUGCACAAGAAUUGGCUUUAUCCAGGGACCUCUUCUCUCUCAUGGUACCACAGGUUGGUAUACCUGAGCAGCGGGUGAAGCGCUGUGUCCUCCAGCUUGCCAGUGCCCUGGAGUACAUGGAAACCAAGGGGUUGGUUCACCGUGACGUCAAGCCAGAGAACGUGUUGCUGUGUGACCCUGAAUGUCGGCGCAUCAAACUGACAGACUUUGGGCUAAGCUGCCCACGAGGCCGGGCCAUUGAAGCCUUGCCCGAGAGCCUGCCCUACACAGCACCUGAGUUGUGUGUUCUCGGUCCUAAAACUCGCAUGGAGGCCCAACCCAGCCUUGAUACUUGGGCGCUGGGAGUGCUGCUCUUCUGCGUGUUAACUGGCUACUUCCCGUGGCUCACAGCUAUUCCUGCUGACCGGCAUUACCGCAGCUUUGUCACCUGGCAUCGCAGCCCCCGCUUUGCCCCACAGCCACCCCAUUGGGAGCGCUUCACCCCCGAAGCAUUGGAGAUGCUGCAGGGUCUCUUGAGACCCAACCCAGCUCACCGUAGUCAUGCUAAAGAGGUCAUGAAUUACAUCAAAUUACCAUGGUUGGUGCCAGAGGUCCAGAGCCGUGUCUGGUCCAGCAGGGAACUUCUUGGCAUCAGUCGGCGAUGCUAAAGACCAGGCUAGCCCAGUGGAGAAGGGUGAAGAUGGUACCACCAAUUCAAAAUCUUGCCGUAGUGGUUGAGGGACCAAAAUCAUUCGUCAUCAAGACAAUACCUUGUUCUCGGUAGGGAGAAAACAAGGCCAGAGCAACACAGAAAAAGCUACCACUUUCAGAAAAUAAAGCAAGUUGCCCCCAAUAAGCACAGAAUACCUCAGGGACUCUCACCCUCCUUUACUCAUAGCAAUGUUGCCUUUCUAGUCCUAUCUUCAAACUCUAGAUCAGAAAUCCAUAGAUUUGGUUUUAGGCUCUUCUAGUUGGCCUUCUUAUCUUGGAAAUAAAGGAGCCACAGAGUCACAUGUACUGGGCCCUAAAACCUUGAUAUUUCUUCUCACCUUUUCUUGAACUGACCAAAUAGAGUUCACUUAGAAUGGCCUUUGAAUGAAUGGGUUGGAAACGAGUUGCCUUACUUUCCACAACAGCACUGCUCAAAUUUACAAAAUGCGUAUUUCUUAUUGUCGCCCAUGGUGUCCUGUCAUUCAAAGUCUGCUUGGCAUGGACAAGCAAUUGAUGCUGCUGUGAUUUUAUCACUACUUGCCUAUGCACUUGUCUAUAUGCUGUUGUACUACUGACUCAGUUUGUAUAUUUGUAAAUAAAGAUGUUGAGUUUAAGUAAAA